AUGUCAAAGCUCUCCAAAAUCAACCACGCUGCGGGCAUCUUCGCCGAUAUGUCGGUCGAUGGCCCCCCAAUUGGCACCCUGGUCGCCAUCAUCGACCGUGCCAAAAACUUGCCCAAUCGCAAGACUAUGGGCAAGCAGAACCCUUAUUGUGCUGCACGACUAGGCAAAGAAGCCAAGAAGACCCCUACUGACCUACGUGGUGGACAAACUCCUAGAUGGGAUCACGAGCUUCGUUUCACAGUACAUGAAUCACCAGACUACUUCAAACUAAAAGUGUCCAUCUUCAACGACGAUAAAAAGACAGACUUGAUUGGAGAGACCUGGAUUGACUUGCAGAACUUGAUCAUCCCCGGGGGAAGUCAGAAUGACCAUUGGCACUCGCUACAGUGCCGAGGCAAAUAUGCUGGUGAUGUUCGGAUCGAGAUGACCUACUAUGAUACUCGCCAACAAGAUGAGGCCGUCAUCGUGAAGCGGAAAGAAGCGGCAGAGAGGGUUCAAGGAAAGACUGCUGGUACUGGCCCAUCGAGCUCGGGACUGUCUGGCCCACGAUCAUUAGAGAAAGUCAAGCGACGACCUUUGCCUACUGAUCCAUCUGGAGUGGCCCCUCCUCCCCCAAGGCCCUCUGUCUUGGAGCAGACUCAUUCGGCUCCUCCUCCGCUGCAACAUCCCCAGCCAUCACGACCGACCAUGCGUGAUCAUGCCCAUACAAUGCCCGCUCCCGCACCUGCUCCAGUGACAAAUCCUGAUGCCCUUCCUUACCCACCAACCCACUCAGAAUCUUCUUAUGAUGCUCCGCCUUACAACCCCCUCGCCCCGAGCAUGCAGACUCGAGGGAAAUAUGAUGCUCCCGAUGCAUAUCAACGUGAAUGGGACAAUCCAGCUCCCGCUCCCGCCCCAGCUCUCCCACCUGCUGGCACGAUGAGACGCAAUACCCACGAAACGACUUACCCCAACGAGAACCCUCAACCUCAAUAUGACCCUCGCCCUCCUGCCACAAUGCGCAGCCAUAUCGACUACGACCAGCCUCCACGGGACUAUCGCUCAACCUCGGAACCACCAUUUGAGAGCGAUGGACAUGGGAGGACACUUUACGACAGACCUCCCCAGCCACACGAUGCGUAUACAUCGGUUUUAUCGCCUCAGUAUAGUGCAAACCCUAUGACAUUUGGUCAUGUUUCGACAUUCUCACCACGGGCAUCUGGCCAUGGCGAUGAACCCGCCCCUCUCCAGUACUCACGACCUAAUUCCUCCUCUGGGCCUGGAGAUGACCCUCGGUAUCACCCACGCAUCAUGAAGGCCCUGCCUGCUCCCCGAAGUGAUCCUUAUCAUCCAGAAUAUGCCACGAUGCAACCGCGUGUGGAGGAUGAGGAAGAGGACGCUCCUCCUCCCCCACCUCCCGUGCACAGGUCUCGGAUGGCCCAGCCACCAUCACUGGUGAAAAUGCCGACAAGUCAAUCGCCUUCUCCCUACACCCCAUACAGCCCUGUGUAUGCCAACAACCCAUCUCCAUCCAUGCCAGCAAGUCUAGUGGCUGGCUACGAAAGUGAGGAACAGGAUCGGGUAUAUGAGGGACGAACUAGUCGUAAAGGCAGUACCAGUCACAUGGAGGAUGAGAUGAUGAUUCCUCAACCAUUGUCGGCGUCGAGUAGCUCGGCCAUGAUCCCAGCAUCUAUGCCUGCGCAAGCACCUGUGCCUAUUCCCAUGCCAUACGAGGCUCCUAUCUACCCCCUCCGAACAUCUCCACAGCCCAUGGAUGAUCGAAGCUCUAUCAGGAGUCGUGGCGGCUCUGUGAGCCCGGACACGCGCAUGGUCACACGCAAGUCCGUCAGCCCACGACCCUCGACCUCUAUGGGCUCUUCGAUUCCAUUCUCCCCUGACUCGUACGACUCGUUGAACCCGCACUCUCGGUCAGUCAACAGCAGGGAACCAUCGCCAGCGUAUGAGUCUCUUUCUCAAGCUAGAGAUGCGGCGGUACGUGCCGAGGUUGAGCCCAGCCGGGACCCAGAUCAGCCGAUCAUUGGUGAUGAUGGACGUGAAAUUGAUCCAUCUGAUCAUCUGCCCACAGACACUUGGGCACCCGAGCCAGAGAGGAAGAGCCGCAAGCCUGAAGUAAUUAUCCGGUUCAAGCACUCCCCGCGACCUACCUCUCGUGGGAAUGACACUUCUCGCCCCGUUGGUCCACCCCGGGUGGGAUUCCGUACUACGACCGAGACUGAUCGUCCGAGCAAGAAGUACACUCCGACUCAUUUUCAUACCCGUGAACCUGUGGACCGAACACCACCUCGCGCGGACAGGGGCCACGAGAGCUACGGUAGCUACUCUCAUAGCCGGGGUUACACCACCCCAACCUCGACAGAGCGGCCGCGCUCCUCACGGGGCUCUGUUUCUCCAUCUCCAGGCUCUCGAUCCCCGUUGUACGACUAUAGCCCCGGUCCUCCCAUCCCAUCAAAGCUGCCAAUCUCCCAUGGAUCCCCAGGGUAUCCGGUUGCCGCUAGCCACACGAGCACUGGUAACCCAGGCAUGGAUGCCCUGAGCCGGGAACUCAAGACCAUCGACAUUGGAUCUGUGGGAUGCAGCCCGAGCAGAGCUGUGCGAAAAUACGCACCUCCCCGACCAUCGGUCACUAUGGGCUAUGCCAGCUGA